AUGGCUUCUACAGUACCAGAAACCCAAGAAGCUAACAGCUGUAUAUUGUCUUCGCAGAAGCAGGAAAAACUACUGGGGUGUGCAGAACAGAAUACACAAAUAUUGGAAGUAAAUCAUCACUUGGAGAUUAAGGUGGAAACUUCAGAAAGUUCAGAACAGCUGAGAGAUCCAACUAGCACAUCAGAAGCCAAAAUCUUAAACUCUAAGGAAGUUGCUGAAGAACCAAACACUCUCACUUCAAAGGGAGAGCAGGCUGCUGAGGAAAACAGGAGAAAUCUUACACAAGAUUUUGAAAAAGAGGAUGAAAUUGUUAUUAAAAUAUUAUUACAAGAUGAUAUAGAGCAUCAAGAGACACUGAAAACCCCAAGUCAGGAAGAUACAAUUCUAGAUUCUUCAAAGGUGAACGUUACAGAAGAGAAGGCAGAACUGGAUAAAAUGACCUUUGAGAAAAGGGACAGCAAUGAGAAGCAGAAGGGGAAUCUGGAAGAAGUUAUCAAAAAAAAGGAUUUGGAGAUCAGUUCAUUAGGCAUGAAGCUUGAAGAGGAACGCUUGCUAACUAUGGAGCUACAAAGAAAAAACAAGGAAUAUCUGGUUCAUAUUGAAGAGCUGGAGGAUGAACUGGAGGCAGAAAAAUGUAUUAGAGCCAAGAGCGAUUUUGUAUUGCAAGUUGUUUUAAUAGACAAAGGCAGACAAUGUUGA